AAAGGGGAAAACAACUUUAACAAUACGUGUUUGUAUUUGUGUGAUAAAAAAAAUAGUUGAAAAUUUAAUUAAAUCAAAUAAAUUAAUACAAUGAAUUCUGAAAGUGCUAGAAGACCAGAAAAGAUUGUUAAAUACAAACCAAAUAACAACAUUCAGAGUACACAAGAAGAUCUCACACCAGACUAUCUUAAUAUUCUGGGAAUGGUUUUUUCGAUGCUUGGAUUAAUGCUAAAAAUGAAGUACUGUGCAUGGCUAGCACUAUACUGUUCAGUAAUUUCCUUUGCAAAUUCGCGUGUUACAGAAGAUUCAAAACAAGUAUUAAGUUCUUUUAUGCUUAGUUUCUCAGCUGUGGUCAUGUCAUACUUACAAAAUCCAGCACCAAUAUUCUCUUGAAAAUUAUUGAAUUGAUUGACAUUUGAAAAUUAAAAGAAUACCUUUAUGCUGUAAUUACAUUCUGUUAAAAAAUAAACAACUCAAAUUUAC